UUUUUGUGGCAUUUAACAAAUGUUAUGAUUUCUAAACUUGCUAAUUAUAAUCGUCAACUUCAGGUCACAUUGGCAACUAUUUGUUCUCUGUCCUAGGGAAAACAUGGUUGUUUGGUUUUGUUCAUUGCGAAAGAAGCCUGAUGUUAACAUAAAAGCCGUAAUAAAUAGUGCAAUGAAGACAAUAAGUAGUUCUUUGGAAGGCAUGUCUCAGCAAGGUCCACCUCGGUGGAUUGAACCCAAGAGUCAUGUUCAAAGUGGAGGGUGCGAGUGUGGAUACUAUGUGAUGCAUUGGAUGUGGUGCAUCGUUAGUGGUCGUUUGAAGGAUGACUGGAACAGGUGGUUCUCGGAUGGAUCAGCAUUAGAUGUGGAGGCCAUGACAAUAAUUCGAAAGAAUUGGGCAACUUACUUUUUAGCUAUUAGAAAUAACAGAUGCUAAAUAUGAUGUACAUUAUUAUGAAUGAAUACAUUUUCCUUUAAUGACACCCUUUAGUGGUAUAUUUUAAUGAAUUGUUUCAUGUCACAUUAAUGUUUUUUAAAAACCUACGUAAUGGUUUAGUAAGGAGUUUAUGUAUUCUGAAAUUGUUUUGGUUUGUUGUAGUCUCGUAUUAGAAAAUAUAUAUUUUGAUAGGAUGAGUGCAAUUUUCUUAGAAAUUGUACUCCUACUAUGUAUGUACUGCACAAUUGCACCUUCCAUCAACUUAACAACACGUAGUUACUUGUGAUAGCACUUGUAUUAUUUUUCUUCCCAUUACCGCAAGGCCUGA